AUGCCCAGAGACCCCUUCGGACACCUGCGGGCUCCGGCGGAGGCCCUGCAUCCCUUCGCGCUGACCGUGGUAGAACAAGUGAUGGGGUGCCGGGAGGUGGGCGGCGAAGCGGGUUCCCCUCGUCCCCCCGUAGUCCCGGUACGAGCCUCUGCCGAGACUCGGGGCCGCCGGCAGGCUGGGGCGGGCGCUGUCGCCCGCCACCCCGGCCCGCACUCACCGUGCCCGCGGUGGGGACCAUCCCCCGGGCCGCCGCUGCCCCGCAUCGCCUCCGCUCCCCGCCGCCCCCCGCCGCCCGCCGCCGCUGCGCCGGGGCGGGGCGCUGGCGGGGGCCGGCGCUGCCCCGCCGGCACCGACUCCCGCCGCUGCUCCCGGUGCCGCUCCCGCUGCGUCUCGGGGUGCGGUAGCGGCGGCGUCAGGCGGACGCGCAGUGCGGGGCACCGGCGGCUCCAUCCCGCUCCCGUCGUCGCUGCCGGUGUCAAAUUCCAGCCACUGUCACCUGACCGGCGGGGCGGGCACCGGCACCGGGACCCCGACUCACACUGGCACCAGGAUACCAACCGGCGCCCCGAUCCGCACGUAGUGGCACCGGGACUCCGACCCGCACGGGCGCCUGGACCGCACCGGGAUCAGGAGGGCACCGGAAUCCCGCCAGCAGCAGGAGCCGCAGCCCAGCCCGCUUCAGCACCGGCUCUCGCCGUGAUCCGCACCGCCUCCGAGCUCCCGCGGAAGCUCGCACCCCGCCGGGAACAGCACCGGGACCCCCCCGAGGCACCCGACACCGCUACCGCCACCUGCCCGUCGGCCGACCCCCGGGCAGACGGACCCGCAGCCUGGACGGACGGACGCCCCGACGGACACACGGACACCCUCGGGAAAGGGUUCAGCCCUUCCCGGAGCGCUUCGGGAGCGGAGCUCCGCGGGGGACCCCUUGCACACGUGGGCGAUCCGGCGGGGAUGGGCUGUCGGGCAGGGUCAGGGCCAUCCCGGCAGCGGCGGGGCCGGCCGGUGCCCCAAGCAUCCCGCGCUGACUCGGGUCACCGAUGUGCCUGGCGCUCGUGUCCGGCCGCGCCGGAGGAGGAGUCCGGCCUCCCGCCCGCCCGCGCCCCGCGCCACGGUCCUCCUCGGCUGGGCCGCCCGCCACCGGGCUCCUUACCUCUGCUGCCGCCCUGCCUCCCUCCGCCGGGGCCGCCGCUGGCCCCGGGGACAUGGGGGCCGGCUGGCGAGUGGAGCCGAGCCCGUGCGAGUCCUUACGUCACCGCCCGGGGCCCUCCGCGUCCAUCCCGGGGCUCUCGAGUGCUCCUUGCGAACGUGCCAAAUCCCGGGGCCGCCUCCGCUCGACCCCGCUUCACACGUGCUCCCCUGGCCGGAGCUGAUCGCCGGGACGCGCCCCGGGCCAGGCGAGCCCCCCGGGUCCGGCCCGCAUGGCUGCGGGGUCCGAGGGCGCCCGGGCGGGCUGCGCGCCCCGCUAUGCUGCCGGCCGUGUCACCUGCCCCGGCGGCGCUCCGCCGCCUCGGCGCUACUCCCCGGGCUUAUGCAACUCCCCGGCUGGAGCGAGGCCAGCGGCUCGGUCGCCGGCUGUGCCACGGCUGCACGCCCAGGUCGCCCCGACCCCGGGCCACCCGCGUGGCUUUAACCUCCUUCCCGCCGCCCGGCAGCCCGGGCCCCGCGGUUCCGCGGCGGGGUCGGAUGGCCGCUCCUGCAGCCACCUGCGGAGCCGCCGCCUCGCCUGCUCUCAUCUCCUCGGAUUAUCCGGCGCGGGGGUGA